CGUUUUUAAUUUGAGUCAACAUGGUAAAUGGUUUGAAAUUUGAAAUCCUGUCGCGUGUGUUUUGUUUACAGACAUUAAAACUAUAUUUAUUUCAUCCUAGUAAUUUAUUAAUAAUUUCGAAUAAAAAAAAUGUCAUUUUUCAUUAGGAAAAACGUUACCAAACGCAAAAAGCCUCCAGUGCAAGUUUCAAAAUACAAUAACAUAAAAAAGAAAAAAACGCAAAACCACGUCGACGACGAAAUCUCAUCGGAUUCCAGUGAAUCCGAACAUGAAAAGGAACCUUAUUCGUCAGAAUCAGAUGGCGAGAAGCAGUUAACAGCUGCAGAAAAGAAAGUACAACUCGCCAAAAAAUAUUUAAACGAGAUCGAAGAAGAAGAACGCCGUCGAUUAGAGGACGAUGAUGGGGAACAAUUAAACAAAAGCGUUAUCAAACGUCUCAAAGAUGAUGUUCUUGAACAAAAAGGCAAGUUGAAAUUAAAACUAGCAGACAAACUUGAGCUACCAACUAGUUUGUUUGAAUUGAGAAACAGAAAUCAUUCUAAAGCGAUCACCUGUCUAGUUGUAUCACCUGAUGAUAAAUUUGCUUAUUCAGCAUCUAAAGAUGCAUCUAUAAUUCAGUGGAAUUUACAGGAAAAAAAGGUUCAUAAGUGUUUAAUUCAUAAUCGUAAAAAACCACAAAACAAUCCAACGUGCCAUAAGUAUCCAGUUUUAUCACUUGCAGUAUCUGAUAAUUAUUUAGUAUCUGGUGAUAGUUCUGGUCUUAUUAUAGUUCGAAAUCCUACAACUUUAGAAUAUAUUGGAUCACUGAAAGGCCAUAAAGAUAGUGUAACUGGUUUAACAAUUUGUAAUGAAUCAAAUCAGUUGUUUAGUUGUUCAAAAGACAAAAGUGUCAAGGUAUGGAACCUUGUUGAUUUAUGCUACAUAGAAACUCUUUUCGGUCAUCAGACCGAAGUCACCAGUAUGGAUAUGUUACAAAAAGAUCGUGUUGUAACUGCAGGUGGCAUGGAGAAUGUAGUUCGUGUAUGGAAGAUACAAGAAGAAACUCAAUUAAUAUUUAAUGGUAUUGGAGGUUCCAUAGAUACUAUUAGAAAAAUUGACAGUUCUCACUUUAUCACAGGCGGCGACAGCGGAGCUAUUAGUUUAUGGGGAACAUUGAAGAAGAAACCAUUAUGCAAUGUCAUUAAUGCCCAUGGAACACAUAGCAAUAACGGGGAGCCAAAUUGGAUAUCUGCGGUGGGAGCAUUAAAAAAUUCAGAUUUAGUAGUAUCAGGAAGUUGUGACGGAGUUGUUAAAUUUUGGAGAUGCACUAACAAUUUCAAAUCGUUAUUACCACUCUGCAGUGUUCCAGUUAAAGGUUUUGUCAACGAACUCGUAUUUACAAAUGACGGUAGUAAAUUAAUCGUUGCUAUUGGCAAUGAACACAGAUUUGGUAGAUGGCAAAAUGUGACUGGUGUUAAAAAUAGUUUACAUGUUAUCAAAUUGGAUUUUAUUAAAAACUAAUUUUUGUAAUUUCAA